CCCUUUUCCCCCCUGAAGAAGGUCUGCACCAGCGACGCCCGAAAGCCCAAGAAGAUGAGUCAGCGUUCUGCUCCUGAGCCCCACUGACCCAGCUGCGAUCCCAGCUGCUCCCGCCCUCCGGCUCCGCGGCGGUGGGAAAACAGGGAGACCACCCCAGCCAUGGCUGAGAGGAAGCAGAAUGGGCGGCAGGGCGAGGAAGAAGAAGUGCCAGCCUUCUUCAAAAACCUGGGCUCGGGCAGUCCCAAGCCCCGGCAAAAAUUCUGUGGCAUGUUCUGCCCGGUGGAAGGCUCCCUGGAGAACAAGACCAUCGACUUCGACUCGCUCUCGGUGGGCCGCGGAUGUAACAAAGUCGUGGCAAAGCAGAAGGAUGUCGCCCACCUGGGUCCAGAUGCUCAGUCCGUUUAUUCCAAGCAGAGCGGGAAGGGAGGGGAACCAUCUGUUGAAUUCGGGAGAAAGGUGGAGAUCAGGAGUGCCACGGGGAAGGAGGCGCUGCAGAACCUGAAUGACAAGAGCGAUCGUCUUUUGAUCAAAGGUGGUAAAAUAGUUAAUGACGACCAGUCCUUCUAUGCAGACAUUUACAUGGAGGAUGGGUUGAUAAAGCAAAUAGGAGAGAACCUGAUCGUGCCAGGGGGAGUGAAAACCAUCGAGGCCCACGGCAGGAUGGUGAUUCCUGGAGGGAUCGACGUCCACACCCGGUUCCAGAUGCCAGAGCAGGGGAUGACAUCUGCUGAUGAUUUCUUCCAAGGGACCAAGGCUGCAUUGGCUGGGGGCACCACCAUGAUCAUUGACCACGUGGUUCCCGAGCCUGGGACCAGUUUGCUGACGGCGUUCGACCAGUGGCGAGAGUGGGCAGACAGCAAAUCCUGCUGUGACUACUCCCUGCAUGUGGACAUCACUGAGUGGCAUAAAGGUGUCCAGGAGGAGAUGGAAGCUCUAGUUAAAGAUCAUGGUGUGAAUUCCUUCUUGGUGUACAUGGCUUUCAAAGAUCGCUUUCAGCUCAGUGAUUCUCAGAUUUACGAGGUCCUGAGUGUCAUCAGGGACAUUGGCGCCACAGCCCAAGUGCAUGCUGAGAACGGUGACAUCAUUGCUGAGGAGCAGCAAAGGAUCCUGGAGCUGGGGAUCACAGGCCCUGAAGGGCAUGUGUUGAGCAGACCCGAAGAGGUGGAGGCAGAGGCUGUGAACCGGGCAAUAACCAUUGCCAACCAGACCAACUGCCCCCUGUACAUCACCAAGGUGAUGAGCAAAAGUGCUGCUGAUGUCAUUGCUCAAGCCAGGAAAAAGGGCACCGUGGUGUAUGGAGAGCCCAUCACAGCCAGCCUGGGCACUGAUGGAUCCCAUUAUUGGAGCAAGAACUGGGCAAAGGCAGCAGCUUUUGUUACAUCCCCACCACUGAGUCCUGACCCAACCACUCCUGAUUUUCUCAACUCACUACUGUCCUGUGGAGACCUCCAAGUGACUGGCAGUGCCCACUGCACCUUCAACACUGCUCAGAAAGCUGUUGGGAAGGACAACUUCACUCUGAUCCCUGAAGGAACCAAUGGCACUGAGGAGAGGAUGUCCAUCAUCUGGGAUAAGGCUGUGGUGACUGGCAAGAUGGACGAGAACCAGUUCGUGGCUGUGACCAGCACAAACGCAGCCAAAAUCUUCAACCUGUACCCGCGGAAGGGCCGCAUCGCCGUGGGCUCUGAUGCCGACCUGGUGAUCUGGGAUCCUGACAGCGUCAAGACAAUCUCUGCCAAGACUCACAACAUAUCUCUGGAGUACAAUAUCUUCGAGGGCAUGGAGUGCCGUGGGUCUCCCCUGGUGGUGAUCAGCCAGGGCAAGAUCGUGCUGGAGGAUGGGAAUCUGCAUGUCACUGAGGGCUCUGGGAGGUACAUCCCCAGGAAACCCUUCCCUGACUUUGUUUACAAGCGCAUCAAAGCGAGGAGCAGGCUGGCUGAGCUGCGGGGGGUGCCCCGAGGCCUCUAUGACGGCCCAGUCUGUGAGGUGUCGGUGACACCCAAAACGGUCACACCAGCAUCCUCAGCCAAGACCUCUCCUGCCAAGCAGCAGGCACCGCCCGUGAGGAACCUGCACCAAUCUGGGUUCAGCUUGUCUGGGGCACAGAUCGAUGACAACAUCCCACGCCGCACGACCCAGCGCAUUGUGGCCCCACCGGGUGGCCGCGCCAACAUCACCAGCUUGGGCUAAGGACCAAACCCUCCUGUGCCCACCGGGUACACCCUGGGGGGACCGGGGCACCUGGAGACCCUUUUUGAUUCUUUUAGAGCCUGUGACAGUUACUGCGGGCACCCAGUGUGGGUAGGGGCUGAAGUAAAAGCACCUCUUUCAGUCCCCUCAGGUUCCUUCCUCAUCUUCACCAACCCCUCGCACUUCCUCCCCCCUCAGCCCCUUACACAUUUAAAGAAAUAAACCGUGUUUUGACACCUCUGACAUGAAAGAGUAAAUGUAAAGAGGGUAUUUGAGAUACAUGGUCUCUGUCCUAUUCAGCAUCUUUCUUUUAGUAAAGGAAGGAUAAAGUGAAUUUCCCAGGAGCUGCCUUCAAGACGCACACACACACACAGAAAAAGAAAGAAAUAAAAAUAAAUGCAUAAAAAAGUUUUUUUUUAAAAUGUCAAGCAGAAGAGUAGUUCAAGGGUUUUAAACUGGAUAUUCUGAAGGGUUCUGUGUUCCAACAGAAUUAGCUAGGCAAGCACAAAGGGACAGGAAUCCCAGCCUGUCUAUGGCCAUUCUCCACCACCAGCGCUGAGGUCACUAGAUGCUGCCAGGAGAGAGAAACAGGACCCAGCCCUAGGAAUGGCAGACAACAUCACCCCAGCCAGUGGCUGAGCCAGAAUCCUUGGGGACUUCCAUUCUGUUCAGUUGAUUUUUUCAUUGGUUUCUUUUUUUCUUCUGGUUUUUGCUGCAAAUUAGGUCCUUGAGGAAACUUUUUUUUUAAUGUUUGUGUGUGUGUUUUCAAUAUGUUUGUAUCAUUGUGUUUAUGAAGCCUUAUCUGAGGACUGGGAAUCUCCCUGUUCUUCCUGAACCUCAUCCAAGUCACAGACUCCCGCCAGUAUCACUGCCACUGCCACCCUGGUUCUUCAGGUGCUCCUUAGUUGCAUUUUACAGCCAUUUCUUGUCACGUAGCUGCAGUAAGGGCAUGGAGCAGGUCCGUAGGAUCUUCAGUCCAUCAGGUCUUGAGCUGGUGCAAACAGAGGAGCUGGACACCAUCUGAACUGCUGGGAUGGAGUAUCUGGAAGAGUUUGUAGCAGUUAGUUUUUCUUCUGUCCCUGAAAGUGGGUAUGGACGGGCAGGGAGCUGUGGGCAAAGAGCAACAUGUUGCUUGAAACGUUUUUGUAGCAGAAACUCCCUCCCUGGCCAUCAAGGAGAGGUUAUUUAAAGCUUUGAGGGCUUAUCUUUAGCUCUCAGAGGGCAGUCAGUGAGUGUGUGCUGAGCACCUGUGGCAAUUCCAGUCCAGGCCCAGCUGCUGUAACUGAGAGCUGGCUGGGUCCCCAGCAGCUGAGAAUCUCUUGUACAAAUGUCACAGCUACCCAGCUCUGUAGGAAUUCUGCACACCCCCAUGGGAAGGCCUGGCUGUUCCCCACCCAGCCUCACAUGCCUAGGAUUUGAGACACCAUCAGUGGUCCUUAAAGGAAUGCCUCAGCUUUGGGGCAGCCAGCAGGGUCUGGGUGUUCAACCACCCUCUGGGAUUGAAGGUCUGGUAGCUCUGGGACUGGAGGCUUCUUGGUUUUGGGACAUGGAGGAUAAAUGCACCAUCAGAUCCCUACUUUGGCAUAGCUGGAGGGCUCAGCAGUCCCAAGGACUUGUCUUAGCACAGAGAGCUUUUAUUACCACAGCAUUUCCUCCACUGUCUGCCUGCCCUGGCACUUGGCUGCAUCUUCUCCUUGUUUUUCAGUAGUUGUAUUUUCUUAAAUGGUGUUUGCUGGGAUUUGCAAAGUGUCUAGAAGCUACUUAGCUACCCAAACCUUCCCAGCUGCAGCACCUAAACUCUUUAGGCCCCUCUGAACACGAAAGUUAAGAAAAACUUUGCCAUAUUCCUCCACAGAUUUUGCAUUUAGGUUCAAUUCCUGGGUCUUCUAGUUUUGCAUAAAGAGUUUGCACUUUGUUUGUUAAGUAAUCCAUGAACUUAAUAUAUAUAUUGCAGCUAUUUUCAUUUUUAAAUUUUUUCUUUGUCACCUGUAUGUUAAAAUCAAUUUGAACGAGUUGGGGAAAAAAAAAAAGAAUUGUGGAUCCGUUUCAAUUCUACGAAACACUUGCGGCUCUUCAGUAUUCACUUAGUCUUCCUUUUUUUUCCUUCACUGACUCAUGAUAACUUGUUAAAUUUUAAUUUGUUCUUGAAAAGGAAAGAAAAAAAUCACAAAAAAGUUUUUUGCAGGCUAUGUAAGCAUGUUUUUUCUGUGAGAGCUCGUCUGCUUUGUGUCUGUUUAAUGAAUGUCAUAUGUAAAUGCUAAAAAAAAGAUGAUGACUUAAUGAAUUAAUUAAUUAACCGCAGUGACUUGAAGCUCUAAAAAUAAUAAAAGAAAAAGGUAGGAUUUAAUACUAGCUGGAUUUAACCCUUGGAUUUGUGAUUGUGAACCAUGAGUGGAGGAGCUGUAAGUGCUAAAGCUGAUCAUGUGUGUAGACAAAGAGGAGUACUGAUAUUUGACCAUUGUCUCAAUGGCAAAAACAACCCCCCAUCCCAACCCCAAGUCUUGUGUUUUAUUCCUUAAGAACUGUGUGUUAUAUUGCCAUGGGAACUCCUAAUAAAGACAAAAUGUUGUUGUUUCAGUAGGUGCA